CGCGCUGAGGGCUGCGGCGGGAUCAUGGCGCAGCCACCGCCCUUCCCCGCCCGCCUCCCGCCGCCCUUCCGCGCCUUCCCGCCGCCCUUCGCCGGCCCCGCCGUCCGCCCAGCGCCCUUCGCGGUGGGGCCCGUGGCACCCCCGCCUUUCUUCUUGCCGCCGCCUGCGGGUGAGGGGGGACCGCGCUUCCCGCCGGGCGUCCCCUACUUAGCGGCGGCCCCGCCGCGGGCAGCGGCCGAGGAGGAGGCGGUGCAGCGGCAGCAGGAUGAGCUGUGGCUGUCGCAGUUCCUCGGCCGCCGCCGCGCCGCUCCCCCGCCGCCACCGCCGCCCGCCGCCGCCAGCCCCAGCAGCGCCCGGGCCGUGGCGGUGGCGGCGCUGGGGCGGGUGGCCCGGGUGACGGCGCUCUGCCGGGCCCUGCGGCGCAGCGAGGACCAGGGCGACGAGCCGGGCUGGGCCCGGGCGCGGGAGGAGGCGGAGGCGGCUCUGCGGGAGCUGCGAGAGGUCGUGAGGCCACUGCGAGAGCCCGGGUACGGCGAGGCGCUGCGCAGGAAGGCCGAGAGGGCGAGGAAGAGGAGGCUGCGCCUGCAGCGGAGGAAGCACGAAGCCAGGGCGGCCAAGGAAGAGGAGGCGGCCCGAGCCGCCGAGCGGGAGGCCAAGAUCGACCAGUGGCGGGCUAAGUGCAUCCAGGAGGUGGAAGAAAAGAACCGGGAACAAGAGCUGAAGGCUGCUGCUGACAGUGUCCUGUCUGAAGUCCGGAAGAAACAAGCAGAUACAAAGAGGAUGAUGGACGUCCUGCGCGGGCUGGAAAAGCUUCGGAAACUGAGGAAAGAAGCUGCUGCCAGGAAAGGUGUUUGUCCACCUCCUUCAGCAGAUGAAGCAUUUGAAAAUCAGGUGGAGAGUCUCCAAACAUUGCUCAAAACUCGCACAGAACUGUAUGAAGCUGAGGAAAGAGCAUUAAGGGUUAUGCUGGAGGGAGAACAGGAGGAGGAAAGGAAGAGGGAAAUGGAAAAGAAACAGAAGAAGGAAAGGGAACGACUACUACAGCAGAAACUGGAAAUGGAUUCUAAGCUGUUUGGGGAUCCAGCUGAAUUCCCACUCGCCCAUCUACUGCAGCCUUUCAGAGACUACUACUUGCAAGCUGAACAUUCUGUAGCAGCUCUAAUCCAGAUCAGGCAUGAAUGGGAUCAGUACUUGGUGCCAUCCGACCACCCCGAAGGAAGCUGCAUCCCUCCAGGAUGGGUUCUCCCGAGUCUCCCCACCAAUGACACUUGGGCCACUGCUGUCAGAUAAUUUAGCAAUAAAUUAUUCCAACGUUG